CACCCGCCCCUUCCCCCACAAGAUGCAGCCGUAGGCCCAAGGCUCAAAUUCUCUCCCAUUUCCCGCGUAGAGCCCUAUUUGUUCUCUCUCCCUCUCACCACUUCGCUUCCACCAUUUUCUGCUCUCAGAUGUCUCGGCCUAUCCCCAUUGAAGUAGACAUCCUCUCCGACGAUGAAGAAGAAGAAGAACGAAACGACACCGUCUCUGCUCUCUCCACUCCAUUGGCGGCGCAAUUCAAGAAGCCAAGAACAGACCUGGAACCAAACCCUACUGUCCUCGUCAUCGAUGAUGACCCCACGCCGCAAAAGCCGUCCCUUGCCUCAGCGUCGUCGCCUUUGUUCGUCGCUGAAACCCCAAUGUCCGGACUACGGAAACAGGAGGUUUCGAUUGUUAAAUGUAGCAAAAGUGUCGGGGAUUCCCAAACUAGACCUUCGUCGUCGCCUUUGUUCGUCCCUGAAUCCCCAAUGUCCGGACUACGGAAACAGGAGGUUUCGAUUGUUAAAUGUAGCAAAAGUGUCGGCGAUUCCCAAACUAGACCUUCCUCUUCUGACCAAAAGUUAUCGAAAAUCAGUGGAUUGAUUUGUUUGGAGUCUGACAGUGAAUCUGAAAAUGCUUCUCAUAGAGAAACUUGGAAGGAAAACGACACAAUGGCUUUUGGUUUUGAUGGAACAACAAAUAUGGGUAAUAUGGAAUUAUCAUAUUCUCUUGGGAAUGUUAAUCCGUUGCAAAUGCCAGGGGAUAAUUCUUCACAUCCAUCCUCUUCCAAAUGUGAUCUCACUGAGGAAUGUGAUCAACCUGAAAAAGAUAAUGUCGGACUGGAGCAGAUAGAUAGUGUCUUGGGACAGAAAAGAAGAAUCAAGGUUAAUGCAGAGAAGAAAAAGAUGAUGGAUGGAGCAACUGUAAAAAAGAGGUUAACAAAGGAGGAAAGAAUUCAGUUGGUGGAAGAAAAGCGACUGAAAAAGGAACAAGAAAAGGUGCAAAAAGCAGUUUUAAAGGCUGAAGCUGCUGAAAUGAAGAAACUGCAGAGAGAAAAGCAAAAGUGGGAGAAAGGGAAGCUUGCAUUAAAAUCAAUUGUAGCUGAAAUAGACACUAAAGUAGUUGAAUUGGGGUCAGUUGGAGGACAUCUGCUUUCAAGAUUUUCUGAAAAAGGUCUCACAUUUCGUGUAACAUCAAAUCCAAUUGAAAGAUCAAUUGUCUGGACUAUGACUGUUCCUGAAGAAAUCUCAAAGCUUACAUCCGAAGGAAUAGUAAUUCCAUAUGUUUUACUUGUCUAUGAAGCUGAAGAAUUCUGCAAUCUUGUUACCAAUGAAUCCCUCAUGGAUCACAUUUCCAGCACUCGAAGUCGUUACCCAACCUACACAAUUUGCUACCUCAUCAAUAGGUUGAUGGCUUAUAUUAAUAAACGGGAUCAGGGACAGUACAAGAAUCCUACAAAUAGUAAUGGCUGGAGACGUCCGCCUGUUGAAGAGGUAAUGGCAAAAUUAGCCACUCAUUUUUUUAGGGUACAUUCAAGGCAAUGCCUUGAUGAAGCUGAACUAGCCGAACAUGUUGUUGGUUUGACAUGCAGCCUGGCCACUUGCCAAUUCAGGAAGAAGUUAACACGAUUAUCUAUAAAUGCUAAUGGAUCCCUUAUCCCCAAGGAUUCUGUUGACAGGAAUUUAAUAAAAAAGAGCACAUGGUUAAAAGCGCUGGUAGCCAUCCCAAAAGUACAACCACGGUUCGCUAUUGCUAUAUGGAAGAAAUAUCCAACCAUGAAAUCCCUUCUGAGUGUUUACAUGGACCCCAGUAAAUCGGUGCAUGAGAAAGAGUUUCUGCUGAAGGAUUUGACUACAGAAGGCUUGCUUGGCGGUGAUAGAAGAUUAGGCGAGAUUUGUUCCAAGAGAGUGUACAGAAUACUCAUGGCUCAGAGUGGGAGUAUCAAAACGGAUGAUGUUGAGGAUGGUGCUGAUUUUUUCACGCAUUAAUUUCAAAAAUAAAUUCCAAUGGCAAUUCCUUGAGAUCAUCUCCAAUUGGAUGAGCAAAAGUAGAGCUGGUGACAUGCCCCACCAGUUCCUGUUUCUUGCUGCUACACUUUCUAUUUCAGCACAGUUGAUGAACACGAAUAUUGCUUAUCGCGUCAGCUCUGUUCGAGCAGUGACCUGUAUCCAGUCUAUGAAUCAAGUGGCGAUGAGAUUGACCCUUGUGCUCCUAAUCAGCGAAUCAGAUUGGAUGGAGUUGAAAAAAGAGUGGUGUUUGUUUGGGGGCUGUUAUGGAAAUCUGGAGGCAUUCCAUCUCCAGAUAUAUGUAACCCACUUGGAGGAAUCCCCUAGCUAUUCUAUUCUAUUCUGUUCCAUCGUUGGUGAAGCAUGUCUGAAAUUCUGAGGUUGCUGUCCUUGUGCAGCAAUACUUUCUACUGUGGCAGUGCGCACCAUCAGCAUCUAAACCAUUUAUUCUAGUGUGCAUCUGUUGUGGACACCACAUGGGGCUGGCCGCUGGUGGAACCAGCAGACACGCCCACCUUCUCCAAGUCAUUUUUCAAGUACAGAAUACACAUUUUAGAGCCUGGGGCGCAUUUGGAGAUUUGUGUGAUCUAUCGGCAGUCAAGUCCGUUGAUUCAUCCACAAUUGUUUGUAAUCCUUCAUAAAUCUGAUUUUUACUUUUUAGAUUCGUGUGAGCUUUCAGCUAUUAAAUCCAUCAACUCACUGAUAUGAAGUUCCAUUGUAAUCUUCAUCAUUAUUACCAGUUUAUCACUAUUAUUACUACUACUACUACAUUAACUGAUAACUUUUCGUGCUAGUUUAAUGAAUGAGAAAGACUUUGAGACACUCGGAUUUAGAACCCA